UAUAAAUCGCGAUCUUAUGCCGACUCUCGCACAUAAAAUCGGCUCCCUCAUCUUUUGCCCUCAUUGUGGCACUCUCCUCAGUCCUCCGAGAGAUGACGAGAAAACAGUCAUUUGCGAACAAUGCAGCUAUGAGGAGCCAGCAUCAUCUUAUGAGAAUAUUGAGAUCACCACUCGGUCACAUCCUGAAGCAUUCCCUUCAGCGCUGAGACAGAAGCGCAAAACUCAAACGAAGGUUCAUCAGGGUAAAGUUUUACCAAAGGUGUCAGAAAAAUGCCCGGCUUGCGGACAUCUGGAAGCUUUUUACGAAGAGAAACAGAUGCGCAGUGCCGAUGAAGGUUCAACAAUUUUAUACACAUGUGUCUCUUGCAAACACGGCUGGCGUGUCAACAAUUAGUGUAAAUGUUUUAGGCGGGGGUAUCCAACGGUCGAUUGGAACUACUAGGACACGAACAUGCCUACACGUUCACUCCAGCACUACAGAACAGGGCAACAACUCCGAAACCACCGAGGACACUUGCUAAUGAUGCCACCGCGGUCUCGCGUAGUGGGAACGUGUCUUUUGGAAGGCUGUGGACAUGGGUAUAGGAACACGUAUUACAGAAGUUUAGAGCGGCGACUUACGUUGAAAAGUAGAAUGCAAGAACGAACGUUGAUGCCAAGAGGAUUAGAGCUAUAGACGGCAGAAGUGACGCGGGCACAUAAGGUGAGAAUGGAGGCAGUGAAUUAUGUAGGGCCUGCUCAGCGUGGUUGAGACG